UGUUUUAUACAAUUUCUAUGUUAUUUAACAAAAUUUGCAACUUUAUUAUUCCGAUUUUAUCAGUAGUAAGAAGUAUUCAGAGUAUACCUAUUCGUAACAGACAACUAUGUCUAUGUAGAUAUAUCUUCCUAGAAUCAAUAAUUUGGUUCUGCUAUACCUUCACUAUGUACUAAAUUAGAAAGAGAUAUGUCGAUUCAUAGAACCUAACAACUUGGAAUUCUUUUCUAAGAAAUUGCCAAGAAGAGGUUGUAUUUUUCUGACACUUAAAUAUGGGUGAAAGAUACUUUGCAUGGGAUGAUAUCUCAGACGGAUUGAUCUUAUCGAGUGUAACAAAGGCGGAAGAUGAGCAAGCUAAGGGACGAAAGAAGCAAACUGCUGAUACGCCUACUUCCUCGGAAAUUUAUUGCCCUCAUGGAUACCUGAUUUUAAGCUAUCAGGAGAUGCUGAAUGACAGCGAAAAGAUGAAAUUUCGGAAGCAUUAUCUGAGGAAAGUGAUGCCGAACGAGCCGGACGUGAUUAUUCUGCAAGACAUCAAAGACCUCGUGCUCUUCCUGCUUGUAACACCCGUCAGUCCCCAAUUCAUAAACUUCCUGCACUUGCCGAUCGUUGACCGAUUUCUAAGGGCGUUGAUCGUCUAUUUCCAACACUAUGUAGAGAUAUGGGAGGACUUGAUGCAGGAGCGAGCCGCCACCAUGAGGAAGGCGCCGAAUCCGUUGGCACGUGGACACAGAUCCCAGUAUGCCGAGGAUAUGCGUACCCUUCGCUGCGUCCUGGGUAGAGAAUACGUGGAUUUGAUACUGGGCUGCCAGAGCGGGUCGCAGUAUCACCACGUGAUGACUACCAAGAAACGGACGUCGGUCACGCAGUCGCAGGGUGAAAAGGACCUGAGGAUCUUCGAAGCCCUGAUUAGCGUGGCUCACCGUGUCGUGUGGAUAGCGUUGCAACGCAAAUAUUACACCUUGAUCGAACUGGAAUUGCACAGACUACUUCGGACCGAAGCGUACAACACUGCACAGAGACAGAGCGGCAGCAGAGUUAUUCAGGACAUGCUGGAGGACGACAUUCGCAUAUUACAUGGCCGUGAAGCCAUGAAGCAGACAUUGAAAAGUCGAUUACUCAAGAACUCCCCUCUGUCUCAUGAGCUGGUGUACUCGGACUGCGAUUAUCGCCUUCUUUUAUUAGGUAAUACCAUUAUUGCUGCGCUUGGUCUGCUAUUAUACAAGUUGAUGGUUGCAUUCUGUCGUGUAAAUAAUUAUUUGCUCUGUUUACCUAAAGGGAUAGUAGAUCUAGAUGCGCAUGACCCGAAAAUCAUUUAUCUCAAAAAUGCUCUCCUUAUCAAAGAGGAAAUGUUGUCCCAAUUGGGAAUCAGGGUAGGUAUACUGGGUCAUAAUCGUUCAGAUUACGAUAUAAUGUUAGCACCAAACGAAACGGAGGAGCCAGCCGAAUCGAUGGAAAUUAGUCCACUCGAUAGCAAGAUUAUGGAAACGCGAAGAAGUGUGCCUCUUGAUAAACUUUCGGAACAGAUCCAAAAAAUUAAAAGAUUGCCAUCUCGCAAAUUCGAAUACGAAGCAAUCGAAGAUUUUCCAGUAAAAGAGAUGUCGACCGAGAAACAUGAUAAAAUUCGUGAAGAAGCUCGGAGAAGAUGGAUCCGUCGAGAAAUAAAACGUCGUCAUCGCAAAUUAUUUGAUACUUAUUCUAUGGCUACAACUCUAGAGUGAAUAUCGGAAUACACGAAUAAAGUAAAAAAGUAAAAACUUACGUGCGUAGACAAGAAUGUUACAAACAUACAGAAGAAAUGAAAAUAAUGUUCACAUUGACACUAAUAAAGCAAAAUUUCUACCAUCA